GAUAUUUUUCGCAAAACGGUCACUCUAAAACAAGAAGAAAAAAAAACUCAGCCGGUCCGCAUUUCUAUUGCUGAGUUUAAUUAACAACAUGCCCACGGAGGAUUUCUAUUUGCGUUAUUAUGUCGGCCACAAAGGUAAAUUUGGUCAUGAAUUUCUGGAAUUUGAAUUUCGGCCCGAUGGCAAACUCCGCUAUGCCAACAAUUCCAAUUACAAAAAUGAUACAAUGAUCCGCAAGGAGGCAUUUGUCCACCAAUCGGUGAUGGAAGAGCUCAAACGUAUCAUUAUUGAUUCGGAAAUAAUGCAAGAAGAUGACUUACCAUGGCCGCCACCAGAUCGCGUGGGAAGACAGGAGUUGGAAAUUGUCAUUGGCGAUGAGCACAUAUCGUUUACCACAUCCAAAACUGGCUCACUAGUAGAUGUUAACCGUUCCAAGGAUCCAGAAGGCUUGAGAUGCUUCUAUUAUCUAGUGCAGGAUCUUAAGUGUUUGGUCUUCUCACUCAUCGGUUUGCACUUCAAGAUCAAGCCCAUAUAGAAGGCUUCUCUCACGUAUUGUAGCUUAAGCAGUCUAAUUUUAUUAUGAACAGACCCCGAUAUGCCCCAAUGGACGUUUCAGAAUCAUACAUGUACUUGUAACAGAUUUUUAAUACACGAGAUGAUAGAUAAGAUAUGUCUGGAAUGAAAUUAACAUGAAUAAAACAAAUUUUUGAAUUACA